AUGGACUCUGCGGAUGCAUACGAUGGGUAUCUGCGUCAAAGUGCUAAUCCCGAUAAAGACUCUGCAGAGGCACAAACUGCAGCAAAAGAAGCGCGGCAUGCAAUGGUUUGUGUAUAUCUAACUGCAAUAAUACAGCUUUCACAUAUUCUCGAGCCGGCAGCGCGCGACCGGCUCGCGCGGAUUGCGCUCGUCCACAUUGAGCGUGCACGUGCAGUUGAAGAGAUGCUGCUGCGUAUGGCGCAACAGGGGACACUACGGCACAAAGUGACAGAGGAAGCACUGAUUGGGCUGUUACGGGAGAUUAGUGGUGAAGAGACAAAGGAAACAAAGAUUAUAUAUCGCCGGCGAUACUGUGAGGACGAUGAUAUAUAA